UGAUGUUAAGGCAUAUGAGAUAUGUGUGCAAUCCCCGUCCCCUCUUCUCUCAGCGUUCCUCUGCCCAGUAAAUAGCCAUUACGAAGCCUGUGGGACAGCCUGCCCUGCUACCUGCGAGGCCCGCUUCAAUUCCGUCUGCACUGCAGCAUGUGUGGAAGGAUGCCAGUGUGACCCCGGGUUUCUUCUUCACGGUGGCACCUGUGUGACCCCAUCCCAGUGUGGCUGUACAUACAACGGACGCCAUUACCGCAACAACGAAACCUUUUGGGCUGAUGAGGCGUGUACCCGACAGUGCAUCUGCAACGGCCAGAUCCAGUGCCAUGAUGCUUAUUGUCAUGAUGAUGAGUGUUGUGGUCUUGAAAAUGCAGUCAGAAGCUGUGUGCGGCGUAAUUAUACCAAGUGCCGCUACAGUGGUCAUCGUGUGCUCACCUUCGACAAGCGCGAAUAUAAUUUCCUUGGCACCUGCCGGUAUCAGUUACUGGGCAUCUGUGGACAACGGCAAUGCCUUGAUGUCAUCAAAGUUGAUGUGCAGACGGAUGCAUUUAAUCAGUCAGCGCAAAUUAUCUGGGUUAGCAUAAAUAACCAACAACUACAACUGGACAGCAGCAAUCAAGAAAGCAUCGAGGUUGAUGGUACAAAGAGGAAGAUUCCGUUUAAUGCCAACGGAACUACAAUGGUGUUUUCUUUAGGGCUGCGUACUUAUGUCUCGUCGACAUUCUUCUUGUUAAGUAUGAGCAAAGAAGGGGUGAUAGUCAUUCAUCUCUCCAGUAAAUAUGCCAAUGCUACUUGCGGCCUGUGUGGUAACUUCAAUUUGGAUCCUGCUGAUGACCUCACAGCGAAUGGCACACAAGAGCAUCUCACUCCAGAACAAUUUGGAAAUGCUUGGAGAAGCGGACAAAACCAGUGGUGUGUGGAAGGUUGUCUAGGUGGAAGUUGUCCAAAUUGUUCAUCUGAAGCUUUGGACCGCUUCUCUGACCCAGCGGCUUGCGGGAAGAUUCUGGAAGUUAAUGGACCGUUCAGACACUGUCAUAGCAAAGUGGACCCUUCCGGCUUUUACAAGAGCUGCGUCAGUGACCUGUGUCUUUAUGGAGAUGUGCAGCCUGCCCUGUGCCGUUCCUUGGCAGAGUAUGCUGAUGCCUGCCUCCAUCGCAGGGCUGUAGUUGAUGCGUGGAGGAGCGCUGACUUUUGCUAUAAUGCAUGUCCGUCCAAUACCAGCUACAACGCAAGUCACUCACCUCUUGACAUUUGCCUCGGCGGGCUCAAUAUGACAAUUGAGAUCCCGCCAAACAUUGGGGAGGACUGUCUCUGUGGGCCAGGUUUAGCCCACAGUGGAAGGAACUGUGUCCAUCCAGCCAACUGCGGCUGUUGGGACAGAAAUGGAGAAUACGUCUUGCCGGGACAGGAGAAGUCCACAUGUGAGCAACGGUGUGUUUGUCAUCCCGGUGGAAACUGGACUUGUGUUAACGUGUCAUGUAGCCAGGAUGAAGAAUGUACGCUUAUCAGCGGUAUUGAAAGUUGCCACCCCAAAGCUAAAAUGGCCGACUGCCAUAUUAACGGAUCUCGGUUGAGUACAUUUGAUGGACACGUUUUUGAAUUUAACGCCUCAUGCAACUACACUCUGGUUCAAAUGUGCAAGAAUCUGACUGUGGCGCCACUUUUGAUUGCUGUGUAUGGUAACCAUGGUGAAGUCAAACAGAUUUACCUACAAGUCAAUCAUAUGACCUUGAAGAUGUCAAGUGCUCAACCUGAAGAAAUUCAAGUGAAUGAAGUUCAAAUGAACCUUCCAUUCUCAGGGAACAAUGUAAUUGUGGAUCAGAAAAAUCAAUGGAGGACUAUCAAGGCUGCACAUCUGGUGGAGAUUAUUUCUGACCUUCGCAACUACGUCGAGGUCAAGCUAGCAAAUACUUAUAACCAGACAUGUGGCCUCUGUGGGAACUACAACGACGAUCCCUCAGAUGACAUGCAGCUACCCAAUGGCACUGCUGUCUCAGAUCCUGCCGUCUUUCAGCAAUCAUGGCAGAUGUCAGGCUGCAACGAAACAUGCGACAGCACCUGCCAACGUUGUCGAUCCCCUGUGCCAGAGUAUACCUCUGACCUGUAUUGCGGCCUUCUUAUCCAGCCAAAGGGACUAUUCUCCUCUUGUCACAACUCAACAUGCCCUCAGAAAUAUUACAACAUGUGCCUGACUAACCUCUGUCUUGCAGAGGGACAAAAGCAAACUUUAUGUGAGGCAUUGGAAGUGUAUGAGGCGGCAUGCAAAGUAGCCGGCGUCAAUGUUGACCCUUGGAGGAACAUCACAGGUUGUGAGCAAAAAUGCCCGCAGUUCAGCCAUUUCAGUCAGUGUGCCAACAGUUGCUCCGCCCUCUGUCCUGAGAUCGGCGUUGCUUUGCAGUGUCCCAAACACUGCGAGGAAGGAUGCGAAUGUGAUGCGCAUCACUUUUAUAACGGCCAAGCCUGCGUCCCAGCGGAGGAGUGUGGCUGCAUGCAUGAAGAGAGGAGACUGAAGGCCUCUGAAAGCAGACUUCUACAAAACUGCACUCUGAACUGCACCUGUGGGCCUCCACUUAUUUGUGAGGAACACAAAUGUCCACCACUGCACAGUUGUACGCUUUUGGAUGGAAUAGCUGGCUGCCACAAAGAUGAACAAGACAAAGAUCCCUGUGAGGCCAAGUGUGACAACUCAACUGAGCGGUGCUACCUGAGCAACAGUGAAGUAGUUUGCCAGAGACUCCCGGGUCUGUGUUGGAACUGGGGAAGCCAGCACUACCACACCUUCGAUGGAUUCAACUACGACGUCCAGGGUACCUGCACCUAUCUGCUUUCAGGCAGCAAAGGUUCAGCAGGUGGAGCAACACCUUUCAUGGUCUCAAAGAAGAGUGACUGCAAAGAAGUGUCCUCCACGCAAGAGCUGACCGUACAAGCGUAUGGGUUUGUUGUCACAUUUGCUGACAAGGAUAGCGUAAAUGUAAACGGUCAAGUAAAUUACAUCCCGGUUACUCUGCUUGGGGGUAAGAUUGAGGUUUCAAACAAAGAAGGCAUAACACGGCUGAAGACUGACUUUGGGCUGCAGGUAGUGUUUGACUGGAAUAACACAAUUCUUCUAAUGCUGGAGCCCAACUAUAAGGAGAUUGUCUAUGGUUUGUGUGGCAAUUUUAAUAGCCAUCCCCAAGACGACUUUGCCUUAUAUUUCGACGGAUCCCCUCCCGCUAACACCAGUGCGGAGUUGGCUAAAGCUUACCGUGUUUUUGAUGGUGAACGUAACUGUUGCACUGGUUGUGAAAAGAAGCCAUUGGAUAACAAUACGUUACUGGAAGAUAUGCCGAAAGGAGUCGCAUUCGCUCAGAAAAGUCACUGUGACGAUCUUCUUGAUCUAACUGGACCCUUUGCACAUUGUCACAGUCAUGUUAACCCGGACUCCUUUUAUCAAAGUUGUGUGGCUGACCUCUCGCAAGGAAGGUCUCCAGCUUCUCUCGAACAAGCCGCAACAUCCUAUUCUGUCAUUUGUAAAGAGUUUGAGGACUACGUGCCCCCAGAGCCGACAGUCGAUGUUAGAUGUCCGCCAAACAGCCAUUAUAAGACUUGUGGCUCCGCCUGUCCUUCAACUUGUCACUUGAAAGAGAGACUCUGCAUUGCAGUUUGUGUCCAAGGCUGCUUCUGCAACCCUGGUUUUAUCAGUAGUCCAGAGGGUUGCGUCCCACCGAAGCAGUGUGGUUGCACAGACCCCACAGGCAAAUACCACCGCCACGACUCGACUUUCUGGAUCCCAGAUGACUGCGGCCAACUUUGCAUCUGUAAACCAGGAGGUAUUAAAUGCAAACCAGCUCAGUGCCCUAAAGGAACGUUCUGCAAGAGACUCCCCAACAAAAGAAUGUGUCAAGCUGACAAAUCGCUGAACUGUAGUAUUGUCAAUGGGCGGCACUUCACAUCCUUUGAUGGACAUCAUUAUGACUUUAGGGACAACUGUGCAUGUAUUUUAGUUCAAACAAACGCCAAUGUAAAUGGAUUGGAACCAUUCAGAAUCACUAUCUCCGACUCAAGUUGCCACAACAGAUUGUUUCACAGCCAGACUCUAACACUGACCAUCUACAAUUUGGAGGUAGUAGUUGGCAAAGACCCCAAUGAAGUUCUUGUCGAUGGACUACAUAAGGUUCUACCAUACUCGCACCAUUCAGGCCGUUUCACUGCCUAUCCAACACCUUCAUCUCUAGUUGUUCAUGUUGAUAUGGGAUUGCAGGUGAUUGUCUAUAAAAGUGUCACCAUGGUAGUUGUCCUCCCGAGCAGUUACGACUCGUACGUCGGCGGUCUCUGCGGGAAUGCCAACUCUGAUCCUUAUGAUGACCAAAUGAUGCCAGAUGAAGAGGGAGCUGAAGAUACACUGAAGUUUGUUCACAGCUGGAGGUUGGGAGGAGCGAUGGCUUGCAGGUCAAGCUGCACUUCCAGACCAACUCGUGUCUGUCAACUCAAAGGCAGUCUGCACGUCUCCACUUUCGACGGGCAGCAGCUGAGCUUGGCUCCGCAAACUCCUUACAAACUAAUGGCCCUUUGCGACCAAACCAAUGAAAAUUGGUUCAGCUUCAUUUCUUACUAUGGACACUGCUACGGGAGUGGUACCAGGCUUGUCACGGUGUUCCAUGUCCUCCUUGUGGGAUUCUCAGUUGUCAUCCAGGAUGGCAUUGUGGAGGUGAAUGGACAGCUUGUGCCUCUGCCUUACUCUUUGCCUAUAGGGGUGUCCUUGUCAUUUGGCGUGCCCAAUGACAAGUCCGAGUUGGUGGUGGUUCUAAACAAGGACGAAGGACUGGAAACAGCGUUGGAAAUGAAGAUCGGCAUCACUUCUGCCAUGAUCAAGGCAAGUCCUUGGUACACUGGAAACUUAUGUGGAAUCUGUGGAAAAAUAACUGACCCCUCCUCGGAUACACUGGUCAAGCCUUGGGCUCUCCCAGAUUUUCAAGGCUGCCGCGAACUCAGAAUUGGCAGCGUUGAUCUCAAUUGGUGAUGUACAUUAAAAAUGUAUUUUUUGAAAAGU